AUGAAAUUCGGGUGCCGCGCCGCGGCGCGCAGGCGAAGGAGGCCGCUCCGCCGCCGUGCGAAACGCGACGCACGCCGCGCAGCGCGUCACGCCUCACCACGCCGCGUCACGCCGCCCGCGCCGUGCCUCUCCGCGCCACUCCGCGCCGCGCUCAUUGGCCGGCGCCCCCCCACCAACGGGCCAAUCGCGGCGCCCUAUAUAGGGCAGCUGGGCGCCGGACGCGGCAUUCCGAAGUCGCCCCCAGCCGACGUGCCUUCGCCUUUGCCUCUCGCGCGCCGCCGCCACUGCCACCGCCGCCGCUGCGCUCUAGUGAGCUUUACGUACGCCGCCGUCGUACUCCACGUCGAGACCUCGACGCAGCCGCUGCAACCGCGUGUUCAGUUGCGUCAUCCCCUUGCAUCAGCCGAAAUCCUCCGUCGCGUUUGCGCCCGCCCGGUGUCUGAAGCCAUGGACCGCAUGCAGAGGUUCGCCGUUGCCGUCGCAGUCGCGUGUUGCGUGCUGCUGGCGCUAUCCGCCCUAACGCCCGCUCACGCCGCCGCCGUCCACAGCAAGAGAGCGGUGGCGAAUAGCAGCCCGUCUUCAGAGGCGCCUCCCAAGAUUUGCCACAGCAGUACGCCCUGUGGUUGGGCAGUGUACGUGCCAUUCACUCGCCGCGUCGACUACUUCAUGAAGAACACGUGCGACUGCCCCAAGGGAAAGAUGUGCUUGCGCACGGAUGACGACCUGUCGGUGAGCGCUUACGUGUACCGCUGCAGGGCGCCCACUCACACCACUUCGACAACGGAGGCCGACCAGGCGUAGCCACGGGACACUCGCUGCUACUACAGUUCCUGGCGCAGCGUCGCCCAUCCUGCGUGUACGCACUGACUCUGGUCACUAAAUCUGCACUCGACAGCUCGUCGAAACGUCAAUUAGCAACGAAGUUAGUCUGACGUGAUAGCCGCCACUUCGACCUUCCCAGAAAUCUUGCCGCCGAGGGGUGGAUUAAUAUACGUAAUCUAAGCAUAAGCUCAGCCCCUCUAAUGAUUUUUAAAACUAAAUAUAUCAAUUAAUUUUUAAAAAAAAUUGCGGAGGGCUAUUUAAAAAAAAUCAGCCUCCCUUCAAUUGUUUUUUAAACGACUUGUUAUCUUGUUAUUGAUUCUUUUGUGUGUGUGUGUGCGCACGUGUGUGUUUGUUUGAGUUUGUUUCGGAAGGGUUUUACUCCCACGUGUGACUGGGUCCCAAAGGAAAAUAUUUGAAUGUUACAUUUUUAAAAUGAGAAUGUUUUAGUUUAUUUUGAUAUUAAUUUUUAUUAAUAUUCUUACGGGGUUCAGUUUGUCAUGCUUAGGAUCCCUUACGAUAUUAAUCCAGCCCUGUUGCUCUCGAACAUUCAACUAAUUUGGUGUCUGGACGGAUCUGUCAAGUGGGAAGUUAAGAGCAUAUCCAGUGUUUGCCCCGGAGUGAGCCUUCGAGAAUGGUUCCCGAUCGGCUUCCUUGGACCGUCAGACAUCAAUUCCGCCCCAAUUUGGUCGCAUUUGCCUACAAUUUGUCUACUUCCCGUGGCAUUCGCACAAAAUCCAUAAGAGUUAAUCCAUAAUCCGGUUGAAUUACGAUCAAUUCUAUUGCAAGUUGAAGUGUGAAAACAAUCUUUCUUUCUUUUUUCUUUUCUUUUUUUCCCCUGUAGUCGAUUUCGACUCUCCGCGCCCGGUACCCAGUACACCCCUCAUGUGAGGACACACAUUAAUCUUUCACACUAGACACACUUGCGGGAUUAUCGGCCUGUGGACAACAAACUCAUAAGGCCUUUCGUGACAACACAUACACGAAAGGCAAGGGACAAACAACCAUGUCCAUGUACGCGCUCGAACCCGCGACCCUUCAGACUGAGGCGCUGAGUCGACGUAUGUUCUUCUAACUACCUCGGCCAUCUAGGUCGGCGUGAAAACACUCACUUUCAUUUCCUUAAAUGAACUUGGCGUCAUUCAUAAUAUCUUUUAGGUAACUUUUCUAUUCAAAUCUGGAAUGAGAAUGCAAGUCAGACGGGAAGAUAAAGACCUAAUAGAAGAACGUGCUUACACACAGACAUGUGUACCAACAUAUUUUAUACAAUAGGGUACCUUUGUAAAUAUAUUCUAUUUAUUCUAAACAUUAAGUAAAUAAUAGUGCAAGUUCAAAGUAGUCUGUUUAAAAUAGACAAAAAGAGAUAGGAUGUUAAAAAUAAUGAAUCCUGACAUGAAAGUUAAUUCUAAGUGUCAAAUUUGUAUAAUUGUAUUAAUUCACUUAUAUUCAAGAUUUAUAUUUUAGUAUUGUAUCAUUCUCUCUGAAUUUUCAUGAUACAUUACUUCUAAUAUAGGUUUUGAGAAUAAUUUACAAUUCCACUUGUGAUUCCACUUCAAGUGGGUCAAAGUAUUCAUUUUGUACUCCAUCUUUCUGUAUGUCAAAAAUGUCUGCGACAGGGGUCAAUAUCAGUAGACAAUUAAUUAUCCAUGACAGUAUUCCUCAUUUGUACUUAAAUAAUUCAUCCCAUUAACAUCCUAGCAUACGACACGUUUAGAGGGUAUAGAUUUAGCACUAGGAGGUGAUCCAUUAAAAGUAAGUGAAUGUGAACUGGACUGUACAGGGUUUAUUCUUGAUAAUUGUAAACUGGAUGUGAAACCUAUUAUUAGAAUAAGACCUGCUCAGUUAAUGUACAUACACCCAAUACUUUGUGAAUACAUUUGCAGUGUUUAAGAUUGUAGUACUUAGUAAACAUAGUUCUGAAAUUGUUUUACAGUUUCUGGAAAUUAAAAUAAUGUUCCUACAUUCAGAACAUACUUCCAUACAUUGAAGAGUUCUAUUCUGAAAACUAUUUAAAUAAUUUUUGCUGAUUUUUUUUUUUUGCUGAACACUUUCAUUAGGUUGACAUGCACAUUAUCUUCGUAAUGAAGAUGCAAGACUUGACUUUGUUCUGUAGAUAUGAGAUAAGGAAUACUAUUAGGUACAUUUUCCAAGUCUAAUUCUUUUAAAACUAUUAGUCCAAAAUCAACUAACGUCAUAGUUUCUGCUCUUGAUAUUCCAGAAAGCCUGCUAUCCAUUGUUGUGAAGCUUUAAUGAAAUGACAAUAACUAUAAUGUCAAGUUCAUCAAUUAUGAAUGUGAAAAAAAGAUUUUAAAGAUUUAUUGUACUGAACACUAAAGAGUAAGCUUUUUAUGAAGAAGCUCAUAAUAUAAAAUUUUCAAAAGAACUGUCAGGAGGGAGAAGAGUGUGUGUCAAUGGUAAACAAUAGUGUAUUAGACUUAAUGUUUUGAAUUUUGAUAUUUCCUAAAGAACUAAAGCAUUGCCGAAAGAAAAAGACGUUCGUGUACACAAUACUCAAAUAUAAAUAUACUGUUUUAUUAAUUUCAGUAUAAUUAUAAUUAAAAACAAGCAAUGAAUAUCAUUAAAAUAAAUUUAAUUUAAAGUACAGCGAAGGUAAUACAUUUUUUUUACUUCUCCAAAAAAAAUAACUUGAGUGGUUUCUGGAAUGGAACUCUUCAAUAUUGAUAAUUACUUGCCAGAAUUAAGGCACAGAGACAUGGAUUGCAUGUUCAAGGUGAAAAUUCAUAGUUUUGAACUUUUUGAAGAAAAUGUGUAGUUUUAAUGUCAUUACGAAAUCAUAUUCCAAUUCUUUUAUUCUAUGAUAAAUAUUUGAAAUAUUGAAUAAUCAUCUUAGAAUGGUUGCAACUUAUAACUUUUGUUAAAAUGUUUUAACUAUUUACAGUAUUUACUUCAUAAUCACAAUAUAAAUAAGUGCAGUAACAUUUAUGCAAAAGAUAAUUUAAUUUGUAGAACUUAAAGCAGAACAUGCAAUCGUUCACCUCCAAACAUUGAAGUAGUUUCAAUAAUUUCACCUGUUUUGUUUAUUAAAAUACUUGAAUAAUAUUUAUUUCUUAAAAUUUCUUCAUCUUUUGUUUGUACAUUGUAAUUAUUUAUUGUAAAAAAAUAGCUAUUGUAUAUUCUUAUGUAUUUAUACACAGUAUUUUAUAGUAGAAUAAUUUUCUAAUAGAAAAAUCGUUCUUGUAUUGCAUUUGUUGUUUGUUAACAAUUAAUUAUAUACUUCAAUA